UGUGCUUCUAAUCUUCAUUGUUUUGAAAGGCACUUGAGUUGAAGAAACAUUUUGUCUGUUUUCAAUAAUGACGGGAACACAACAGCCGAUGAUUGCAGAGCAACAUGGUCAAUCAUGCAGUACGAUGUGUGUGGAGCCCACUGUAGCUUUAGAACCCCAGGUGGUAGGAGGAGUCGCAACUCCAAACCAAAAAACAAAAAUGAGUCCAAGCACGAAAAACAAAAGGCAGAAGACAAGUGAAGAUGAUGACCAUGAAGAUGUCUUGCAACUUUUGAGACAGCAAAAUGAGACACUCGAUGCAAUUUUAUUAGAGCAAAGAAGAACCAGAGAACUUCUUGCAAAACUGUUUUCAUUUCCGCUUAAUGAACAAUAAAUAAUCAUUGUUUAAAGCCACACACCUUGAAAUGAAAUACAUGGCAUAGUAAGUUUAAGGAUAAAAGAGAAACAUAUUUGAUCUAUGCCAAUAAGAAUAUAUCUGGUGGUUACAAGGUAGACAUCUGUCUCUUUUGCGCUUUAAAACUUAAAAAUAAUUGCGUUUGUCGAAAUGUAUGUAUAUGUAUAGAAAUCCUACUUUUGGUUUUUAAAUUAAAAAAAACAAUAAAUAACUUGCUAACAAGGCUAGAGAUUUUAUGACAAUUUUGCACAUUUUGAAAUUGCAUCUAUAUGUAUUUAUUAACAUGUACUUCAUUUCAAGGUGUGUGGCUUUAAACAUUUAUUCAUGAUGUUUGUUUUUGAUACAAUUAAAAGUUUUGUUUGGAAAAAAAUCACCUAGUGAAGUACAAUAAAUGGAAAAUAUUAUAAAUCAAAUGACAAUUUUAGCAGCAAAUUGCUAUAAAUGAAAUGUACUAAAUAUGGUGUGAAAUUAAUAAGGUUAUUACAAUUCUCUGCAAUUUUUAACAACUAUCAAAAAAUAUUGUGUCAUUGUUAGAACUACUUCUUAUAUUUUAACACUAAAUAUCACCUAGUAUCACAUAGUAAUAAAACAAUACUCUAGUAGUGAAAUGAACAAAACAAUACAUUAAACAGUUCAGUAUGCUAUUGAGAAUCAAUUCAUUACUGAUUGAGC